AUGGACGCAUCAAGGUUGAAGAUCACAAAAGUUUCCACUCCAAGUGAAAGAAAGCCAAAUGACCAGCUAGUCUUUGGUAAGACUUUUACCGAUCAUAUGCUGACCAUUGAAUGGACCUCUGAGAAUGGUUGGGACGCUCCGGAGAUCAAACCAUAUGGCAAAUUAUGUCUUGAUCCUUCAUCAAUUGUAUUCCAUUAUGCCUUCGAGCUGUUUGAAGGUAUGAAAGCAUACAGAACAAAGGAUGGUAAAAUUGCAAUGUUCAGACCUGAAAAAAACAUGGAAAGAAUGAACAAGUCUGCAGCAAGAAUUUGCCUGCCAACAUUUGACGGGGAAGAAUUGAUCAAACUGAUCGGGAAGCUGAUCGAAUUAGAUAAGCACUUGAUUCCUGAAGGUGAGGGAUACUCUCUCUAUAUUAGACCCACUUUGAUCGGUACAUCUGAAGGCCUUGGUGUAAAAGAGCCAGACAGAGCCCUACUUUUUGUCAUUUGUUCUCCUGUUGGCCCUUAUUAUAAAACUGGAUUUAAGGCAGUUCGCUUGGAUGCUACAGACUAUGCAACAAGAGCAUGGCCAGGUGGCGUCGGUGACAAAAAACUGGGCGCUAAUUAUGCUCCUUGUGUAUUACCCCAGACGCAGGCUGCCGCUAAGGGUUUCCAGCAAAAUUUGUGGUUAUUUGGUCCGGAGCACUAUGUCACGGAAGUUGGUACAAUGAACGCAUUUUUUGCAUUUAAUUGUAAGGAAACCGGUAAGAAAGAAUUGGUCACUGCGCCAUUAGAUGGAACUAUUUUGGAAGGUGUUACUAGAGACUCCAUCUUAACUCUUGCUAGAAAGUAUUUGGAUCCUAAUGAAUGGGAGAUUAAUGAAAGAUAUUUCACUAUUCAUGAGGUCCAAGAAAAGGCUCAUAAAGGUGAAUUAUUAGAGGCAUUUGGAAGUGGUACAGCAGCUAUUGUUUCCCCUAUCAAGGAGAUUGGAUGGAAAGACACUAUUAUCAAUGUUCCUUUGAUUCCUGGAGAACAAAGCGGACCACUUACAAAACAAAUAGCAUCAUGGAUGAUGGAUAUCCAAUAUGGUAAAGUAGAACUUGAUAACUGGUUAAGAAUUGUUGCAGACAUUAAUUAA